AGCCGUCCCCGUCCCGGUCGCCGAGGUCCCUUAAACGGCCGCGGAGCCACCCCGGGCUGGGGUGGGUGGAGGGACCUGCGACGGACGCGCUCCCCGGAGCGAGGUUGGGGGGAACCCGGCGGCCGUGCGCACCAUGGGCGCUGCCCACUCGGCGUCCGAGGAGAUGCGGGAGCUCGAGGGCAAGACCGGCUUCUCCUCGGACCAGAUCGAGCAACUUCACCGGAGGUUCAAGCAGCUGAGUGGAGACCAGCCCACUAUCCGCAAAGAGAACUUCAACAACGUCCCUGACCUGGAGCUCAACCCGAUCCGAUCCAAAAUUGUCCGUGCCUUCUUCGACAACAGGAACCUACGCAAGGGCUCCAGUGGCCUGGCUGACGAGAUCAACUUCGAGGACUUCCUGACCAUCAUGUCCUACUUCCGGCCCAUCGACAUCACCCUGGGAGAGGAGCAGGUGGAGCAGUGCCGCAAGGAGAAGCUGCGGUUUCUGUUCCACAUGUAUGACUCCGACAGCGACGGCCGCAUCACCCUGGAAGAAUACCGAAAUGUGGUCGAGGAGCUGCUUUCUGGAAACCCUCACAUCGAGAAGGAGUCGGCACGCUCCAUCGCCGAUGGGGCCAUGAUGGAGGCGGCCAGCGUGUGUGUGGGGCAGAUGGAGCCGGAUCAGGUGUACGAGGGGAUCACCUUUGAGGACUUCCUGAAGAUCUGGCAGGGGAUUGACAUCGAGACCAAAAUGCACGUCCGCUUCCUUAACAUGGAGACCAUCGCCCUUUGCCACUGACCACUCCUCCCCCAGAGAAGGCACGCUCUGCCCGGGGAGGGGGCGGCCAGAAGCUGGAACGACAGGAACCUAGUGGCUGGCCCUUUGCUACAGCCACUGCAAUCCAUCCAUGCUUGUCCACUCAUCUUGUGUCCUGUAGGGUAUGGUAUAUGGGACUUACAUUCUUGUUUUUUGUUUUUUUGUUUUUAAAUCUCUAAAAAUGACAAUAAAGGUUUGUUAAUGAA